CGGAAUUACCAGAUAAAAUUUUAAAUAAAUACUCCAUCUUAUGGAUUCGAUAAGUAUCGUUGCCGCGAAUAUGCAGCUCUUCGUAGUGUUGGCUGGAUUCAUAGCGCUGUGCUCGAGCAGUGCAAUCCCCCUGGUCCCAGGCGACAAUAGCCAUUAUGUCGAAGGAGAGAGCCGUUACAUCUGGAUGCCCGAUGGUGACGGCGUUCCGCACCUCGUAGAUUUGGAAGAACCAGUUGAUUAUAGUUUGUUAAGUUCCAGAAAUGGCGCUAACAAUCAAUACUGGCUUUUCACAAGGCAAAACCAAAACAGCCAUCAAGUGAUUACUAACGGUAACGUCAACUCUAUCAGAAACUCCAAUUACCGCGCCAACCGCCCUACUAAAGUCAUCGUACACGGAUGGAACAGUAACGGAAACUCUGAAGUUAACGUUAUGGUGAGGCAAGCUUUCCUUGCUGCUCAAGAUUGCAACGUUAUCGUAGUCGACUGGCGCUCGUUGGCCAACUCCAACUAUAUCACCGCCUCUAACGGCGUUCCUGGAGUUGGGCAGUUCCUCGGUAACUUCUUGAUCUGGCUCUUCAACAAUGGCGGCGGCAACUGGAAUCAACUGCAUUUAGUAGGAUUCAGUUUAGGUGCCCACAUUGUAGGAAACGCUGGUCGUACUGCUGGUGGUAGACCUAUCCGUGUCACCGGUCUCGACCCUGCUGGUCCCAGGUGGGGAGGAAAUAACCAAGCUCUGAACCGUAAUGCUGGACGAUACGUUGAAGCUAUCCAUACUAUUAUUAUAGUAUUGCAUGCUGACUUCUACCCUAAUGGCGGCAGAAACCCUCAGCCAGGUUGUGCCAUCAGCACCUGCUCCCACAGUCGUGCUUACGAACUAUUCGCCUCCAGUGUACGCACUAACCACUUCAAUGGAAGACUGUGCAACAACAUCAACCAGGCUCAAAAUAACCAAUGUUCUGGGUCUCAGCUAAGGAUGGGUAACGGCAUCCUCAACAAAAGCGGAAGUGGCAUCUACGGCUUAAGGACUACCAACCGCUGGCCUUUCUAAGGACUCUGACGAUCUGUGAAUAAUAUAAUAAAAUAUUUAUUAUAUCGCAA